AUGGAUUUUCGAAGUGGUUAUUUGAGAGGAAUAAGCAAAUAUAAAAAUACAAUCGUAGAACCUAAAUGGAAUUAUGGCACAGCCGGUUAUCGCGGAUACGCCGAUACAUUAAAACUACUUUUUUUCAAAGUUGGAUUGUUUGCCUCCGUUCGGUCUAUUUCUCUUAAAUCAAAUAUUGGCUUAAUGAUUACAGCAUCCCACAACCCUCCAGAAGAUAAUGGAAUAAAAAUAGUAGACCCAGAUGGAGGAAUGAUGGCUCAAGAAGCUGAAGAAUUUUGUAAUGAAUUUGUUAACUCGAAUGACGAACAAUUAUUAUUAUCACUCCGAGGCUCUUCUCUUGAACUUUUAUCAUGUUUAAUGGAUGGAAUUAAUCUUUUUGUUGAUUAUAUCGUUCCUAUCAAUAUUGGACUCACCACAACUCCAUGUCUGCAUUUUUCUGUGUUUUAUAACAACGAAAAAUGUUGGAAUCCUGAAAAUUCAAUCGAAAUUUAUUUAAGUCGGCUUAUCGGAGGCUAUAAAAAAGCUACAGAUCUCUUAAAUAAAGACUUUUCCAAAUCUUCCAUCCUUAUGGACUGUGCCAAUGGAGUUGCUUCCGUCGUUCUCAGUGAAAGUUCCAUAAAAUCUACAAUUUUUGAUUAUAGAUUGAAUAAUGCUGCAAUUAAUGACUAUCAUUUGCUCAAUAUUAAUUGUGGAGCUGAUUAUGUGAAAACAAAAAAAUGUAAACCAGUCGGUUUUGAUGAACUAAAAUUUGAAAAAUGCAUAUCUUUUGACGGGGAUGCAGAUAGAAUAAUCUAUUUUUACCAAAAUGCUAAAAAUGGUUUCACGAUUUUAGACGGAGAUCGGAUUCUGUGUCUUUUUGUCAAAUUUUUUAAACAUCUCAUCACAAUCUGCCAUCUUAAAGUGAAUAAAUGAAUAUUAUUUCAGGACGUUUCUCUUGGAGCAGUACAAACAGCUUAUGCCAAUGGAGCCUCGUCUAAAUACAUCAGGAAUGUUUUGGGUGUUGAUGUGUUAUUUGUACCAACUGGAGUCAAGCAUCUUGUUAAAAAAGCAAAAGAAUUGGAUCUUGGUGUUUAUUUUGAAGCAAACGGGCAUGGGUCUGUUUAUUUUUCUGAAAAAUUGUGCAGAACAUUAGAAAGUAUUGUCCAUUCUAGUUCUGUGAAAGAAGAAAUUUGGGCGGCAAAAUUUUUAUUGGCUUCAAAUGAAAUGAUAAAUCCCGCAAUAGGCGAUGCCAUUUCUGCCAUGUUAUUAGUCGAAGUAAUAUUGUCUUAUUAUCAAUGGAGUCUGGAUGACUGGAAUGGCCAAUAUCAGGAAUUUCCAUCAGUAUUGAUGAAGGUUAAUGUCCCGGAUAGGUAUGCAUUUAAAACAUGUGAUGCUGAGAGACGACUUGUGUCACAUCACGAACUUCAAGACUUGAUAGAUAGAAAUGUAGAUUUGGUCGAGGAUGGGAGAUGUUUCGUCAGACCGUCGGGGACUGAAGAUGUAGUGAGGAUUUAUUCAGAAGCAAAAAGCAAGGAAAACGCUGAAAAACUUUCAAUGAAUGUUGUUGAAUAUAUCAAAAAUCAUUAA